GAGUGGAGAUCAACAGUCUAUGGAGGAGGGGGAGAUGAUUAUGGAAAGUAAACAGGAGGAAUCUUCCCUACAUAUCAACAGAAAUGGAGGCGGAGCCUGGAAUAUCUCCGAGGGACGUUUUUUUUUAUCUUCAGGUUACGACAUUGACCCGAACCCUCCCGGAGAUAAUGUCCUUCCUCAGACUAUACAGAGAUCAAUGGAGUCCUCUGAUGGAUCACAUAUUGUAAACUCAACUAUGGAUUUAAGUUUGGGAAGGUUACCCGAUCCUUCUAAUCCCGGGGAAUCUUCCUACAGCCAUCAAGGCCUUACCACCGGAGAGAGUCCAAUGUCAUGUUCAGAGUGCGGGAAAUCCUUCACUCAUAAAGGAGACUUUGCUAAACAUCAGAGAACUCACACAGGGGAGCGUCCUUAUUCAUGUACAGAGUGCGGGAAAUCUUUCGCUCGUAAAGAUAGACUAAAUGUACACCAGAAAACUCACAUGGGUGAGUGUCCUUAUUCAUGUUCAGAGUGCGGGAAAUCUUUCGUUCAAAAAGAAGACCUUGCUAAACAUCAGAGAGUUCACAUGGGUGAGCGUCCCUAUUCAUGUUCAGAGUGCGGGAAAUCUUUCACUCGUAAAGAACGUCUAGAUGUACACCAGACAACUCACACGGGUGAGCGUCCUUAUUCAUGUUCAGAGUGCGGGAAAUCUUUCACUCGUAAAGAUAGCCUAAAUGUACACCAGAAAACUCACACGGGUGAGUGUCCUUAUUCAUGUUCAGAGUGCGGGAAAUCUUUCACUCAUAAAGGAGACUUUGCGAAACAUCAGAGAGUUCACACAGGUGAGCGUCCUUAUUCAUGUUCAGAGUGCGGGAAAUCUUUCAGUCAUAAAAAAAACCUAAAUGCACACCAGAAAGCUCACAAAGGUGAGCGUCCUUAUUCAUGUUCAGAGUGUGGGAAAACUUUCGUUCUGAAAAGAGGCCUUAUUUCACACCAGAAAAUUCACACGGAUGUGCGUCCUUAUUCAUGUUUAGAAUGUGAGAAACGUUUCAUUUACAAAGGAGAACUUCUUAUACAUCAGAAAAGCCACACAGGUGAGCGCCCCUAUUCAUGUUCAGAGUGCGGGAAAAGUUUCACUGAGAAAUCAAAACUUGAAAGACACCAGAAAACACACACUGACGAGAAACCUUUUUCAUGUACAGAAUGUGGGAAAGGUUUUCUUCGGAAAGCCGACCUCCUUAUACACCAGAGAUGUCACACAGGGGAGCGCCCCUAUUUAUGUUCAGAGUGUGGGAAAUGUUUCAGUGGCAAAAAAGUUCUUCUUAUUCACCAAAGAAGUCACACAGGGGCGCACCCUUAUUCAUGUUCAGAGUGCGGGAAACGUUUUGGUCAGAAAGCAGGACUUUAUCAACAUUUGAAAACUCACACAGGCGAGCGCCCCUAUUCAUGUCCAGAGUGCGGGAAAUGUUUCAGUGCGAAAGGAAAGCUUUUUAGACACCAGGGAACUCACACAGGAGAAAAGCCUUAUUCAUGUCCAGAGUGUGGGAAGUGUUUUAGUAGGAAAGAAGACCUUCCUGGACACCAGAGAAGUCACACAGGCGAACGUCCCUUUAUAUGUACAGAGUGCGGGAAAUGUUACACUAAUAAAAAAGUACUUCUUAGACACCAAAGAAUUCACACGGGUGAAUGUCCCUAUUCAUGUUCAGAGUGUGGAGAACGUUUUAUUUGGAUAGAACAGCUACAUAAACAUCAAAGAAUUCACACAGGUGAGGCCCCCUAUUCAUGUUCAGAGUGCGGGAAAUCUUUCACUGAGAAAGGACACCUUCUUAAUCACCAGAAAAUUCACACAGGAGAAAAACCUCAUUCAUGUCCAGAGUGUGGGAAAUGUUUUCUUAGGAAAGACGACCUCAUUAGACACGAGAGAAGUCACACGGGAGAGCGUCCCUUUUUAUGCACAGAGUGCGGGAAAUGUUUCACUGAGAAAAAAGUACUUCUUAUACACCAAAGAAUUCACACAGGAGAAAAGCCUUAUUCAUGUUCAGAGUGCGGGGAAUGUUUUAUUCGGAUAGAACUGCUUCACAAACAUAAGAGAAUUCACACAGGUGAGAAUCCCUAUUCGUGUUCAGAGUGCGGGAAAUCUUUCACUGAGAAAAAAGUUCUUCUCAAUCACCAAAGAAUUCAUUUGGAAGAAAAGCCUUAUUCGUGUUCAGAGUGCGGGAAAAGUUUCACAGAGAAAAGAAAACUUCUUCAACACCAGAAAAUUCACACCGGAGAGAGUCCAAUGUCAUGUUCAGAGUGCGGGAAAUCCUUCACGCAUAAAGCAGCCCUUGUUACACAUCUUAGAAUUCACACAGGUGAGCGUCCUUAUUCAUGUACAGAGUGCGGGAAAUCUUUCGCUCAUAAAGAAAACGUUGCUAAACACCAGAAAGUUCACACGGGCGAGCGUCCUUAUUCAUGUUCAGUGUGCGGGAAAUCUUUCACUCGUAGAGAAGGCCUAAAUGUGCACCAGAAAACUCACACAGGUGAGCGUCCUUAUGCGUGUUCAGUGUGCGGGAAAUCUUUCACUCGUAAAGAAGGCCUUGAUAUACACCAGAAAACUCACACGGGUGAGCGUCCCUAUUCGUGUUCAGAUUGCGGGAAAUCUUUUAUUCAAAAAGGAAAACUUCUUCUACAUCAGAAAACUCACACGGGGGAGCGUCCAUAUUCGUGUUCAGAGUGCGGGAAAAGUUUUGUUCAUAAAGGAGGCCUUGUUACACACCAGAAAAUUCACACGGAUGUGCGUCCUUAUUCGUGUAUAGAAUGUGAGAAAUGUUUCAUUCACAAAGGAGAACUUCUUAGACAUCAGAAAAGCCACACAGGUGAGCGUCCCUAUUCAUGUACAGAGUGCGGGAAAAGUUUCACUGAGAAAUCUAUACUUGAAAGACACCAGAUAAGUCACACCGACAAGAGACCUUUUUCAUGUCUAGAAUGUGGGAAAGGUUUUCUUCGCAAAACAGACCUUCUUUCACACCAGAGAUGUCACACAGGGGAGCGUCCCUAUUUAUGUUCAGAGUGUGGGAAAUGUUUCACAGAGAAAAAGGUUCUUCUUAUUCACCAAAGGAUUCACACAGGGGUGCAUCCUUAUUCAUGUUCAGAGUGCGGGAAAUGUUUCGUUCGUAGAGAAGGACUUCAUCAACAUAUGAAAAUUCACACAGGUGAGCGCCCCUAUUCAUGUCCAGAGUGCGGGAAACGUUACAGUGACAAAGGAAGUCUUGUUAGACACCAGAAAAUUCACACAGGAGAAAAGCCUUAUUCGUGUCCAGAGUGUGGGAAGUGUUUUCGUAGGAAAGGAGACCUUCUUAUACACCAGAGAAGUCACACAGGAGACCGUCCCUUUUUAUGUUCAGUGUGCGGGAAAUGUUACACUGAAAAAAAAGUACUUCUUAUACAUCAGAGAAUUCACACAGGGGAGCGUCCUUAUUCAUGUUCAGAGUGCGGAGAAGGUUUUAUUCGGAUAGAAAAACUUCAUAAACAUCAGAGAAUUCACACAGGUGAGAGUCCCUAUUCAUGUUCAGAGUGCGGGAAAUCUUUCUCUGAGAAAGGAAAACUUCUUCGACACCAGAAACUUCACACAGAGAACAGACCAUAGUCGUGUCCAGAGUGUGGAAAACUGUUUAGUUUAGAAACAAAUCUUCUAUAACCAGGGAAUUAACACAAAUAAGCUUCUAUUUUCAUGUUUAAGUGUGGGAAAGAUUUAUUUUUGAAACAAGACUUUGACACCAGAGACGUCACGGGGAUGAGCAUUCUUUCUCAGAGUGUGGAAAAUGUUUCACUCAGCAAGGGGGCCACCAGAGAGCUCACUCAGACCCAUGUCCUUUUCUAUGCUUAAGACGUUGGGAAGCAAUUUACUUUGAUAGAAAUGAGGUGGAGGAAGGUCCAUCUCUAAGGUUCUGUUUCCAAGAAAUGAGGUGGAGGAAGGUCCAUCUCUAAUGUUCUGUUUCCAAGAAAUGAGGUGUAGGAAGGUCCAUCUCUAAUGUUCUGUUUCCAAGAAAUGAGGUGUAGGAAGGUCCAUCUCUAAUGUUCUGUUUCCAAGAAAUGAGGUGGAAGAAGGUCCAUCUCUAAUGUUCUGUUUCCAAGAAAUGAGGUGGAAGAAGGUCCA